AUGGAGAAAGGCAAAUCCACAGACCAUACUGCUGCUACUGGCAAUAGCGAGGAAGACGAUCAGAGCCAGAGCCAAAAUGACAAUGAGAAGCUAUCAGAUGAUCUCUUCAACAGCCGUGAAGAGCUGGAAGAAGCCCAGUUGAAGGCCUCAUUCAAACCAACUGCUGAGAACAAAUCAAAAUCUUCUUCCGAUGGCUCAGCUGAAGCCAUCGGCACUGAUACCCUUGAUACAACUCAAACAAUUGAGAUAGGGGUGGCAAAUAUCCAUCCGAGGCAGAUCCCCGCCUGGAGCUUACCAACAACAGCCUUAUGGUGUGGAAGGAGCGGCAGCACUUCAAGUAGCAACCAACAAGGAGGUGGAAACCAUCCAAGCUGCAAUCCAUGA